AUGUCGAUAGCCUCGUCAGACGACAUUCGGCUUGUCACACUCCUGCCGGGCGUCAUGGCUGAUCCUAUCCAAUGUCAAUUGAAAGUGGCCACUCUCCAAACUAAGUAUGAAGCCCUAUCAUAUGUCUGGGGAUCUGAAUCCGAUGCUCGGCCAAUAUCAGUCAACGAUCAUGAGCUGCAUGUCACUUUCAAUCUGGAAUCGGCACUGCGCCGUCUACGAAUGAAGAAGCAACAGCGGGUUCUGUGGGUAGAUGCGUUAUGCAUAAAUCAAGAAGAUAUCCCGGAGAAGGAGUCGCAGAUACCUCGCAUGCGGAAAAUAUACGAAUGUGCAGAAACGGUCAUCGUCUGGUUAGGUCCUUCGACGCCCGAAAUGAGGGCGGCUUAUGAAUCGAUGAAGAGCAGGCCAGACUUGCUCAAGCCUGAGAAUAUCAUGAAAAAGGAAAGCCGGGAGAUCAUGAAAGAAUUUGGCAAGGGCUUCUUUGAACCUGUCUGGUGGACGAGGCUUUGGGUGAUCCAAGAGGUAUUGGUGGCACGAAAGCUGGUUGUCAUUCGCGGACAGAUAUCGUUUUCCUGGAACUUCCUUGAAAUGACGUUGGGUAAGAACGUUACUGGGAAGGUGAAUCCGUUUGCGGCUUCCAUGAAACCACAAAUCAUUCAUCACCCAAUGCAUUACUUCUGCUUCUACCGAGCGAGGCUGGCCCGCGGUGAGACCAUACAUCUCCUAGGUCUGAUCAAAGUUUUUUAUAGGCAUGAGUCGAAGCUUCCCAAGGACCGUGUCUAUGGACUCUUGAACAUCGCUGCAGAUGGUGAUGAUAUCGACCUCUAUCCGGAUUAUUCAAGCUCCGACAGCGAUGUUUUCAAGCGUGUCGCCAAACACAGUAUACUCAAGUACAAGAAUCUGGAUUUCAUCUUUCUGGGUCGAGGCCCCGGACGAUUGGCUGACCUUCCUACAUGGACUCCGGAUCUCACCAUACCUUGGGAAAGAACCCCUUAUUCGCUCCUACCGUCGAAGGAACCUGUGAUCUUCGCCGCCGCAGCAAAAACAGUCGCUUCACCCGUGUUUUCCGAAGAUCUGGCUAGAAUGACUGUCACUGGAGUUUGCGAAGAUGUGAUAUCGAAGGUCAGUGUACGCCCAUAG